UUUUUUGUUUUUUCUUUCAAUUGCGAGUUGGAUCUUCUUCAUCUUGAUAAUAUGGUUGUUAAAUCUGCUGCUGAAAUGUCUGUCUCUUGGUGUAAAAAUUUCAUUAAGCUAAAUAUUCCAAACUUAUCUGGCAAUACUGUUACAAUCAGCAACAUUUACCUUCGGGACAAUUCUCAGGAGCCAAGCAGCUUCAAUAAAAUCAGUCAACAACGGAUACACAGCACUAACAACAUCGACAUUGACAUUCAACCAAUCACAGUAGACGUGAUCGAAAAUGAUGAUGUAACUUGCCAUGAACUAACUGGGAAGAAUGAAGGGGCCAUAAGAGUUGUAUGGUCGGACAAACACGAGAGCAAGUUCGACUUUGACUGGAUCCGAGAGAACGUCAUGCGAAAACAACGAGAGACUAGAGUAAAGAAAAUUACGUGGUCGAGUGACGGUAUGAGCGGAGGGAAAGUGUCACUUCCAUAUAAGGAAGUUAUGGAUAGUGUGGAUGCUUUAAGGCAGUUUUAUCGCAACAUUUGGCAGUUUGGCAUUUGCCUGCUCACUGGUGCGCCCCUGGAUCCAGAGGGAAGCAUGAGUCUGGCAAGGCACGUGGGAGCCAUCAUGCACUCCAGAGAGUACUUCGAGGGUCAGAAGCAGUUCUACGAGAUCAGCAACACCAACAAACACGAGGACUUCGACAUUGCUUACACCAAUGCAUAUUUGGGACUGCACACUGACAAUCCAGAUUUCGAGCAGCCGGGUAGUCUGGUCACUCUGCAGCCGGUGCAGCCAGCCGAGAAAGGAGGACAUUCGACACUCGUAGACUCCUUCCGAGCAGCUGAAGUUCUUCGACGUAUGGACCCACAUGCGUUCAGAAUUUUGUCGACUUGGCCGGUGAAUCAUCGUCUGCAGAACUACAUGUGUGUAACGCCCAUCAUUGAGCUGCAUGAUCCUCUCCUUUCAAGCUACAUUGACUACGGAACUGUAGUGAAGAGGGUCAAAUUCUCAGAGAUGAACCGGUCGCCAUGGCAACCGAUGAUAGCUCAGCAUGACAUGAAAGGGAUCCGUUUAUUUUUGGGCGCCGCUAAUUCAAUUAUCUUUAGUCUUUAA